GGUGGCGGACGCCCGCGCCUUUCCGCGGUUACCGGUCCAAACUUUUUUUUCCAUUUAGUGCGGACAUUGUGUUUAGUGUUCUUGUGGAUUUUUCUGAGAUGUCUAAAUUUUUUUCUUGAGAUACAACUUGCCACCAUGUCAUCACAGUUAUCCUCAAGACAUUUGCACCAGAAGUUAAUGCACUCUUCAAUUUCCAAUCAGCCUGUAUCUGUCGAAGUCAUGUGACGGUUGUGAUCUUAACAAAAACUUUAAUGACGUAAUGUAUAAGUGCGUAUAAGUGGACAAAGAUUGGGACGAUGCAUUUAUCGAGUGAAGUGAGUUCGACGACGAACGGACUGGGCCAUGAGGCGCCUUCGUCGAGUUAUGGUAGCUCGCUGCCGAGUCAGCCGCUGACAGCUGAGUUACUAGCUGAAAGGACCUUGGAAGGUCUUUUAGCUGAUCAUCCUGGAGAGUUGGUGAAGACUGGUUGUCCUCAUGUGGUGUGCACAGUCCUGCCUCCACAUUGGCGAUCAAACAAAACCUUACCAGUAGCAUUCAAGGUGGUAGCUUUAGGAGAAGUAGGGGACGGCACCCUGGUCACAGUCAGAGCUGGUAAUGAUGAGAACUGUUCUGCAGAGCUGAGAAACUGCACAGCGGUGAUGAAAAACCAGGUUGCCAAGUUUAAUGACCUCAGAUUCGUUGGAAGAAGUGGGAGAGGUAAAUCGUUCACCCUAACGAUAAUGUUGGCGACUUCGCCGCCUCAGGUGGCGACGUACCAGAAAGCUAUCAAGGUGACGGUGGACGGUCCCCGAGAGCCAAGGUCCAAGACGAGGCAUCAUGGCUUCCACCCCUUCCACUUCGGGCCCCGGUUCCCACCUGAUCCCUUGAUGGGGUCACUACCUUUUAAGUUAUCAGGUAUAGCCCAUCAGUUAGCGGGCCUACCGGGCGGUGAAUGGGGAGCGUUAGCGCGCCACUACCCACCGCCCCUGUUACCUACACCAGCGCACUUUACGCCGCAUGUCCUGCCGCCGCACGCGCAACCUCAACAUGUACCUCCUCCUCCACACGAGACUGAUGUGACGUCAGAAAAUCCCAUCACAAUGCACGCGCACAGUACGACGAGUCCCGCUAACUCGCGUCCAAGCUCACCGCAAGACGAUGACAUCUCAGUCACUGCAUCCAGUUCCCCGCCGCCUGACGACCGUCCUGGCGCCUUCACAUCGGUAACCAGAUCACGGAAACCGAUGCAGCCCUUACCAGCACCCUCCAGUCUUUUCCACAGUGCACUUGCAGCUCAGUUAUUCCUUAAUUCUCCCCUACUUCCUACUCCACCCGCGUGGUUAUACUCCCAAUUAUAUGGAGGCUACGACUGGUGGCUAAGACCGCCUCCACCACAAGAAGACUCCAAUCAUUCCAGCCCCGAGAGAGAAGAUGAAGGGUCAACAGCAUCAGGUACAGGGAAGAAACGUCCAGCCUCGCCGGAGUGGUCGGAACAAGGGAUGAGGACUCGGAGCAAAUCUUUGAUCACGUCAGAAAGACGACCAGUUGAUGUGUGGCGUCCUUAUUAGUCAAUGUUUGUGGCAUUUGUAGGAGAAGUCUACUGUCCACUGGUAUGUAUCAUUAUGGGUGUACGGAAUACUCUAUGUGUACCAGAAGAACAUUUUUCAGGCGUUCGUGGCACUUUAGCUUUUUCUUUUGUGAAAAUUGCAACCCCUAGUACGAAUCGAUAAGAAUAUCUAGGACUCUAAAUACGAACAAUUAUGAACUUAAAGUGUUACUAUGUGGAAGUUUUAAUAACGGUGGUUAUGGUAAUACGUGUAGUGGACAGUUUCAACUUUAAACGUUCGGCAUUCCCGUCCCGAGUGAGACAUUCAGACACUUGAAAAAUGUGCGCGUCUUAAGGAUAGGAUUAAAUAGUAUUUAUUGUCGAUCGAUAGGUGUUUUUACGUUAGAUAACUGAAUGUGAAUUUCAAAUCGUAACGUUUAAUGAAUUGUUGACUGUAUUAUAAGAUAAUGCAAAAAGUGUA